AUGAGCGCCUCAUCUAAUGUGGCCAGGAGAGCGGUCGCUCGCAAUCCUCUCUUGGGUAAUGCCCGAAUCCUAUCCCGCGGCAUCUCUCCAGCCAUCAUCAACCGCCAUGUCAGCAGACACGCCCAGAUUCCCGCUCUCGCCAUUUUGGUUCCUGCCCGAUACAUGGGCACCGAACACCACCGCCCAGAUGGCCAUUCGGCUGGCCCGCCACCCGGCUUCAACGCGGAGCAAGCUAAGAGACCAUUCCCCAAGGACAGCUCGGCAACCACCUCUGCAGUCAAGGGCGACAAGAGUGCCAAAACCAAGAAGGAUGACGCUGUCUCAGCGGCACCUGAAACCCCAGAGGAGGCCAAGAUGGCGCAAUUGGAGGCGCAGAAGGUAGAUGUCCUGGAAAAGGUCGAAAUUGUCAAGAAGGAGAGGGAGGAGAAGAAGUUGACUAUUUGGGAGAAAGUCAAGCAUGAAGCACAGCACUACUGGGACGGCACGAAGCUGCUCGCCGCUGAGGUCAAGAUCAGCUGGCGCCUCGCACUCAAGAUGGCUGCUGGCUACGAGUUGACCCGCAGAGAGAACAAGCAGCUCCAGCGCACUGUACGCGACUUGGGCCGACUCGUCCCUUUCUCAGUCUUCAUCAUUGUGCCCCUGGGUGAGGCUCUGCUGCCCCUAGCCUUGAAGCUGUUCCCCAACAUGCUGCCCAGCACAUACGAGGGACAAAAAUCAAAGGAGAAGAAGGCCGCUCUCUUGAGAUCCACACGAAAGGAAGUUAGCACUUUCUUAAGAGGGACGCUCAAAGAGACAGGUCUGCCUUUGAGCCAAGCUACAGCUCACAGGGAGGAGUUUGCCAACUUCUUCCGCAAAGUCCGGUCCACGGGCGAAGCUCCUACUGCCGAGGAUGUGAUCAAGGUCUGCAAGGUUUUCCGCGAUGACAUGACGCUGGAUAACCUUUCUCGACCCCAGCUGGUCUCCAUGUGCCGCUACAUGACACUCAACACCUUUGGUACGGAUGCCAUGCUCCGUUACCAGGUCCGCCACAGAAUGCGACAGAUCAAGCGCGACGACAGGGCCAUUGCAUACGAAGGUAUCGACAGCUUGACGGUAGCCGAGCUCCAGACUGCCUGCGCCGCACGUGGCAUUCGCACACACAGUGUCUCUCCAGCACGCAUGCGCCAGGAUCUGCAGACCUGGCUCAACCUUCGCCUCAAGGAAGGUGUCCCCUCAACACUCCUCGUUCUGAGCAACGCCUACAUGUAUGGUCAGGAGUCUGGUGAAGGCUCGAAUCAGAUCGAUGCUUUGAUCGGAGUUCUGUCAUCCAUCCCUGAGGAGCUGUUCCACGAGAUCGAGCUCGAAGUUCACCACGCUGAGGGUGCCGCCACCAACAAGCAGCGUCUCGAGGUUAUCCGUGAACAGCAGGACCUGAUCGAGGAGGAGAACAGUCAGAACCAUGAGAGCCAGAGCACCGGGUUCGCCACUCCCCGCGAUACGGAGGAUAUCGACGAGGAGAAGGAGGAGCGCCAGGCAGCAGCUGUUGCCGAGGGCGUCAGCGAGACUGUGGCCAGCGAGAUGCUGGACGCAGAGAAGGACCAGAUCAAGGCGGUUCAGCAGGAGGUCAAGACAGCCCCUGCAGCCAGCGAGCAGAAGUAA